AUGGCAGCGGUGCCACCACCAGGCGACGAUGAUCGGUGGGCUCCGGGGUUUGAGUUACCUAUCCAGUCCGCAGAAGGAGAAGAUAAAAAAACGACCGAAUCCAAAGAUGACGAUAAAACAGUGCCCUCGAAGAAAGCAGAGACCAUACGAGGUACGGCCACUGUCAAUCAACCUGGGCCAAACUUGGCUGAGAGACCUGAACAAGAAACCACGGCCGAAUACUUUGCGAGCUGGGCCGAGGCGGAGAGGAUGAUGAGAGCUGAUUUGGAAAGGGGGAAAUUCACAGCUGAACAAGUUGAUGAAAUUAGAAAAUUGAUGGAGGCCGGUGCUAUAAAAAUGAAAUUACCAUAUAAAAAAGCACCCGGAGAAAUGACCAUAGCGCAAUGGGAAGAGAAGGCCGCAAAACUCGAGGCUGAACUAAAGAACAAGGGAGCAGAAGGCGACAAGUACGUGGCUCAAUUGAUGGCGCUCCAAGACCAAUUAAGGCGGUCGGAGGUCGCAAAUCUGGAGAUGGAAACCCGCAAUGCAAAACUCGAGAAAGAAAGGAAAGAGGCUAUGGCUAAAGUUGAUAAAGCCGCACAAGAAAAGCGCGACAAAAAGGAUCAGGAGGAAAAAGGAAAAGAGGAUGAGAAGAGGAAAGCAGAAGCUGUAAAGCAUGAAAAGGCCUUGCGUGAGAAAGAUGACAGAUAUCGGGCACUUAAAUUGCAAGUCGAUGCUUUGUCUCAAGGCAUAGAGGCCGCACGAGAAAAGCGCGCCAAACAGGAUCAGGAAGACAAAAGAAAGGAGGACGAGAAGAGGAAAGCAGAAGCCGAAAAACAUGCAAAGGCCUUGCGUGAAAAAGACGACAAGAUUCGGGUAUUCGAACAAAACCUCGACGCCUUGUCUAAACGUGCAGAGGCCGAGAAAAAAGAAAGAGAAAAGGCUGCCGCCAAAGACAAAGACAAGAUAAGAGGGCCGAACUUCUGCAAAAAACAGGCUCUCGAGAAGGACGAGAAAAUCAAGAAGUUGGAGAAAGACUUGGAAGAGGAGAAACAUAAAAAUGACUUGGAAGAGGCCGGAUAUCACGGGGAUGAUGAACUUAAAGCCACAAUCAAGCGUCUAGAGCACGAGAAAAACCAACUCAAGGAGGAAGCAGCGAAAUUGGGAGAUGUGAUCAAUGACUUGCAAGAAAAAUAUCGGAGAUUGGAGGUCUCAAAUUUGAAACUCCUAGAUGACGCUAUAGAAGGUGAAGAGCGGGCAGUAAAAGAGAGGGACAAUCUGAGUAUUGAUGUUGUCGCGUUAAAAAAACGGGUCGAGCAAUAUGAGAAAGAAGAAAAAUCACAAAUCGAAAGAGAGUCCCUUUUGAAUCUCGACAUACAAACUCUUGGUGCUCAAGCUGUUCAGCAAAAAACCAAAAUUAAUCAAUUGAAUGAGGAACUCAAUCAAUCUAAGGAGAAAAUCACUGCGGAUCAGGUUAAAAUAGAGGCCUUACACAAAGUAAUAGAUGGCUCGGCUGAAACACUGCGCCGGGAUAUUGCAGGCGCUGAAGAGCAAGUUGAGAUACUAAAAAGCCAAUUGAAAGAACGAGACGUCAAAAUUUCUCAACAAGAGUCAGAAAUUGGAGCCCAGAAAAAGACAAUUGGAGAGCAGGCAUUGAAAAUUAGGAUUGGGACGCCGGGUGCAAGCCAUGGAGAAUUGGCCAUGCAGAAUCAGGCCAUAUUUAAGGAGAAUACGGAGCUCAAGAAACAGCUGGAAGACAUGCAAAAGAAUCUAGGUGCAGAGGACACAGAAGAACUCAAGAAGCAAUUGGAAGCUAGUCAAAGACAGUUAGAAGCUAGUCAAAAAGAAUACGCUGUUGUUCAAGAACGAGUAGAGAAGUUAUUGCAGGAGCUCGAAGAGGUCCGAAAGACAAAACUCGGUGACGGAGCAAAUGCGAGCGAGAUUGAACGUCUAAAGCAAGAGUUAAAGAAGGCUAAGGAAGAUAUUCAAGAGUUGACGCAAGAUAAAAGGAAGGCCGAAGAUGAAAUCACUCGACUGCAGACAGAUAACACGGCUGGUACCAAAUCGAUUCAAACUAUUAAGGAAGAGUUGAAAAAAGCCACGAGCGAGAUCAGUCGCUUAAAAGAUGAGAAAAAGGAAGAUACCGAAAUGAUUCGUCAUCUAAAUGAGGAAAAUGAAGCACACCAGUUCGAAAUCGGUCGUUUGAGGAGCCUGAGACCACAAGUACAAGUUCACCCAGACCAGAAAGCAUUGGAAUUUAAUAGAAUGAAGGUUAUUCAUUACCAAGAGCAGGAACACCAAUGGCACCUUGAAAAAGAAGAACUCGAGGCUAAAGUUAAGGAGUUGACAGAAAUGACGGAACAGAGUGAUGCUAUAAUCGAUGAUAUGACAGUGGAGCAAGAGGAUCUUCAGGUAGCCUUGGAUAAAAUUAAGGCCGAACUGGCAGCCGCAACCACGAAGCCAAUUGAUACUGCGGGUGGGGGUGAAGCACCUGCCGAUGCUGCUGAACGUGAGCGGAUUCAUGCUGAGAAAAUCAAAGAACUUACGGACCAAAACAGCGCACUCUCCAAACAAGUUGUUGAUCUCAAGAAAGAAAUUGAGAAGAUACGAAAGAGCCUUGCUGGAACCCACACGGAUGCAGAAAAGGAAAAGCAUCAACUCAACCAACAACAAGCACAUGCCAGUGUUCAAACAAUUCAUAUGUUGAUGGGUUUCAUGAUUCUUCAACGAGCCUUGAACGGUAAGGUCAAUGGUGAUAUGGAAAGAGUGUUGGCAGCAGUGGAUCAAGCUAGACUUCAGGCGGAAGCAGUUGGUGAUGAGAAGUUGAUUGUAGAAGUAUCGUACUUGGCCGCUAUUGCUGUAUACUAUGACGGUGAUACACCUAAAGCUCUCGCAAGUUUCAAUGCCAUCAAGGAUUCCAAGGAUUGGUAUGAUUCGAAGAAAGAUCUCGUGAAACAAUGGAUUGCGCAAUGUGAGAAGGGGACUGAUUGCCCAGAGGGAAGGAGCGGGUAUAGAGAAGCUCUAGGACUCGGACCUGUGCCACUAUCUCUUCGGGUUCCUCCGAAACUUCCCAAAGACGAAGAAGCCAAGAAAGCCAAGAAGGAAGCUAAGAAAGCAAAGAAGGAAGCAAAGAAAGCGAAGAAGGCAGAGAAGAGGGCAGCGAAAAAAUCCAAGACAGGGACGAAACCAAGAAGAGCUUCAGUGCCUAAACGUCGUGGUAUACACAGGCCCGAUUUAUACGUCGGUAUCUUAUCGCCGAGACAACAACAAAUUUGGGAUACUAUUGAUUUUAGUGAUUUCGAUUACAAUCAUCUAAAUACCGAGCAGCAAAAAUUAUUUUCAUUUUUCCCAAUAGACUCUGAGCCUGAAAGCCCUCGACGACCAGUAGUCCACCGAGCAGCCGGACCUUCUAGUGAGGCUUCAUUCCUCCCAGCUCGCCGACCAGUAGUUGAUCGAGCAGCCGGACCUUCCAGUGAGCUUUCACCCCUGCCAACUCCUCGUCCACACUUCGGACUCCCACCAUUACCACCUGGUGGUUCUGAUUCUGGUGCAGAAGCACCUCCUCCACCUCCUGGUCCACCUCCUGGUUCUCAAAGGCCACCAGGAAAACCUCAAAGGCCAGCUUCAAGCGGCGCUUCCUCUGCCGCCUCUGUUCCAGCCGCCCAAGGUGUUCCAGAAGGGCCACCCAGUCGCAUGAGUCGGCCUACUACAGAUGCAGCUCUGCAUAUCCAGUACCUUGUUGCUCAACUGGCUGAAAGUGGAAGACGUGUCAGAGAACUCGAACCUGCAGGCGCUAUUGUAGCAAGUUUGACAGGUCGAGUGGAAAGGAGAGAUAAACAGAUCGAAGACCUAAAACUCUUUUGCGAGCAGGUAAUUGCUGAAAAUUUAACGUUGAAAGGUGAUGCUCAAUAG